GCCUGCUUGCACAUGCAGACCCAGACCUAGCAGGGAUACACAUACUCCCACAGUUUAGUCUGAGGUCUAGCCACCUCUCAGUAGCACUCAGUGCCAGACCUCGGGGAGUUAGUGUCCUUCUCACAACACAGCUUGUGUAACUGAAAAGAGAGGCAGAGAGGCAUGGGCUGGGGGAAAAGUGUUCCUGUGGUUAAGCAGGGGCUGGGGCUGACGCCGGGGCAUAGGCUGGGACUGCUGGUUCUGCUGUGCUGCCUAGCCCUGUGUCCAAGGCCCAUCCAUGGGGACAAGGUCCUGGUGAUGCCUGUAGAAGGGAGCCACUGGCUGAGUAUGAAGCUUCUGGUGAAGGAGCUUGCGGCCAGGGGCCAUGAGAUGGUGGUGCUGGUCCCUGAGACAUCCAUCCUCAUCAAGAGCUCUGACUACCACAGGACUGAGAUCUUUAGGGUCCCCUUCAACAAGGCACAGCUGGACAAGAACAUCGACAAAUUGAAGGACGACAUGUUCCGCAAGACCCCAAAGGUAACGGACAUAUUUAUGAACGUGCAGGGCCUGAUUGACUUCACCGACAUGCAGGUGAAAGGCUGUGAGGGUCUUCUGUAUGACAAGCCCCUGAUGCAGCGACUGAGAGGAGAAGGGUUCAAGAUGAUGCUGACCGACCCCUUCCUACCCUGUGGAUCCAUCAUCGCAGAGUCCUUCAACAUUCCAGCGGUGUACUUCUUGAAGGGGAUCCCCUGUGGGAUGGAGGAUAGGGCUGCCCAGUGCCCCAAUCCCCCAUCCUACGUACCACGCUUCUUCUCCGGCAACACUGACCACAUGGACUUCCUAGGGAGAGUUAAGAACAUGCUCAUGUACGGUCUGGAAAGCUACCUGUGCACAGUAAUGUUUGCUAGCUUUGACGAGCUGGCCAGUAGGUACCUGGAGAAGGACAUGACGUACAGGGAACUGCUGGGUCAUGGGGCGAUCUGGCUGCUGAGGUAUGACUACUCCUUUGAGUAUCCCAAACCCACGAUGCCUAACAUGGUCCACAUUGGAGGCAUCAACUGUGGUAAAAGAGAUCCACUUCCAGAGGAUCUGCAGGAGUUUGUGGAUGAGUCAGGAGAGGAUGGCUUUGUGGUCUUCAGCCUGGGCUCUAUGGUCUCUCAGAUGCCGGAGGAGAAAGCCAAGCAGUUUUUUGAUGCCUUCAGCAGGAUCCCUCAGAGGGUGGUGUGGAGGUACACAGGAGUAGUGCCUAAAAACGCUACAGCCAACGUCAAAUUGAUGAAGUGGCUUCCUCAGAAUGAGCUGCUGGGCCACCCCAGGGUCAAGGCCUUUAUAACCCACGGAGGAACCCACGGUACCUAUGAGGGGAUCUGUAAUGGCGUUCCCAUGGUGAUGCUGCCGUUGUUCGCUGAACAGGGUGACAACGUACACCGCAUGGCAGUGAGGGGCGUCGGGGAGGUGCUCAACUUGUUUGAUAUCACCUCAGAAAAACUGGUGGAGGCUCUCAACAAGGUCAUCAACGACAAGAGUUACAAGGAGAAGAUGAUGAAGCUGUCAGCGGUGCAUAAGGACCGUCCCAUCGAGCCACUGGACCUGGCCGUGUUCUGGUCAGAGUUUGUGAUGCGUCACGGCGGAGCGGAACACCUGAGACCUGCCGCUCACGACCUCAACUGGAUCCAGUACCACAGUCUGGACGUGUUCACUCUGCUACUCACUAUAGUUCUCAUUGUUGUCAUCGUCACCGUUAAAUGCUGCAUAGUCUGCUUCCGCAAGUGCUGUGGAACGAAGAGGUCUAUGAAGAAGAAGAGUGCAUAGCUGUGGGAAGUAGGGGUGCUGAAGGUGCUGCAGCACCCCUGGUGGUGGGAUGGUAAAAUUGUAAGAA